UGGAGGACCGGUGGCAGGGGGCGGAGAGCUCCGGUGUCCGACUUUAGGCGGGAAUUGAAACUGCCACUGUUACCAACGAGAACUCAAGACUCGCAAAUCUCAAGCCUUGAAGGGGACCAUGGUGCGUCCUGUGAGGCAUAAAAGCCAAUUUACCUGAGUUCACACAGCUGGCGAAUGGCAGGAAGAUUCCAAACCUAUGACACCUAGCUUCAGAUCCUCUGCGCUCUCCAUUAUCCUUUUUGAAACUGUUCCUCCGUUUAACCACAGGCAUAAGAAGCCAGUCAAUUACUCACAGUUUGAGAACUCUGACAGCGAUGAUGACUUUGUUUCUGCAACUGCACCUUCAACUAAGAAAUCCAAAACAACACCAAAGGAGGUAAAACUAGAAAACCCGAAAGCAAAACUGAAGAAUCUCCAGAAUGAAGAGAUCCCACUACAAGAGAAAACCCCUAAAAAAAGGAUGGCUUUAGAUGACAAACUCUACCGGAGAGACUUAGAAGUUGCACUGGCUUUAUCAGUGAAGGAAGUUCCAACAGUCACCACUGAUGUGGAGGAGUCUCAAGAUAAAAGCAUUGAAAAAUGUUGCAAUAGUGAAACAGAAACCAUGAAUAAAUCUCCCCAUAUCUCCAAUUGCAGUGUAGCCAGUGAUUAUUUAGAUCUGGAUAAGAUUACUGAGGAAGAUGACUUGCCUGGUGCUCAGGGAAAAAGAAAAGCAGCAUCUAAAGCUGCAGUUCAGCAGAGGAAGAUUCUUUUGGAAGACAGUGAUGGUAAGAGCAAUGACUCAGAGCCAGGCUUUGCAACUGGUGAAGAUUCUGAGGAUGAUUCUGAUUUUAGUGAGAGUGAAGAUGAUGAAGAAUUCACUAUGAGAAAAAGUAAAGUUAAAGAAACUAAAAAAAAAGAAGUGAAAGUAAAACCCCCAGUUGAAAAGAAAGAGAAGAAACCUCAAUGCAAGCAGAAUGCUUUGGUGACUUCAGUAGACUCUACUCUCACUGCCAUCAAAUCAGAAUCUCAGCCUUCACCGAAAAAGAUUUCUCUUUCUUCAGAGAUCACCAGGAAACCAUUACAAAUACAUAGUCCUUCAGCUCAAAGCAAGAGGCCUAAGUGGGUCCCACCAGGAAUUGAUCUUUGUUAAGAGAUUUCUAACAUUAUCAGCAUCGUGUGAUAUGCUUUCUUUCAGCAGCAUCUGGAGGCAGCAGCCCGCUGGUAGGGGCUGUGAAAUCUCCGAGUCAGAGUCUCCGCCUUGGCUUGUCCAGAUUAGCACGAGUUAAACCUUUGCAUCCGAAUACCACUAGUAGCUGAGUGUAAAGAAAUGUUGGAUUAAGAGAGUUUUACAUCUGUGUCUGUUUGAUUUGUGUUUAUAUUUGAGGAGGGUAUUGUAAUAUGAAGGAUUCCUUUAAUGACAUAUAAAUUCUCUACUCAUUUUGUGCUUAUGGUCUUACUGGAAAGCUAUUUAGGAGGUCUGUUUAUAAGAUUUACCUUAUAAUGUUACUUCCUUGUAAAGAACAUAUUCUAUUUUCCAUAUUUUUAGUAAAUCUUCAUCAUUAUGUGGUUAUUCACCUGACAUGGAGGAAGCUCACAUUAUAUCUUGUUCUUUCUACCAAUAUGAUGUUCCUUUGUAACUUUGUCUAGUUUAUAGCACCUUAACUUUAACUGUUCAGAGUUUGGCAAAAGCAAGCAUUCCCACUUUUUCCAAGAGACAUUUCUGAAAUCAUAUGAGUUACAUAAGCUACACUGUCAAUUUUAUUACAAAGAUGGUUAAUAUUUUAGCUAAAUAUUUUUAUAGUAAGAUUUCAGAAUUAUUUAACACAUUAAAAUGGUUGCUAUAAUAUAGCAUAUGUCUGUCUCCUACUUAGAAGUAGAUGGCUAUUAUAUAGCAAAUAGAAUUUCAGAACAUUUUAUGAAGCACUCUUACUCAAAACCUUUAACAGAAGUGAAAAGGCUUUGGUAUUUUCUUUCCUUGGUACCAUUGCAUACAUCUGUCUCUGGUUGUGUACAUUUCAUGGACAAACUAAUGCUUUGCAAAAAAAUGUUAGCCUUUUUGAAUAAGAAUCAAGCAGGGGGGGCUUUUCCUUAGUCAUAGCUUUAUGUUAAGCCAGUGCUUUAGAGGGUGGCUGUCAAGUACUUAGUCAUCCCUGUUAUGAUAUUAGAUAAUAUAGCUAUUCAGGAAGCUUAGGUCUGAAUUUGUUGUGAAUAAAAAUAGUAAGAGGUAUUUUAUAUUUAUGGUAAGAAUUUCAACCAUCUCCUGAGCACUUUUCAAUAAAAACUCUUCAAAUUAUGUUAAACAUUAAAAAAUAUGUAAUACUUGGCUCAGUUCUUGGUGUAUGCAGACAUCUAUGUUAAUGUGAAAGGAGGUGAUUAGGAAUUACAAUUAAAGUGAGCAUUUGACUAUU